AUGGCCGGGAGGGCUGUGGUCACUGUGCUUUUGCUUGGAUUAUUCCAGAAUGGGAUAGGUGAGUCCUCUUGUGGUAUGGUCCCUCAAGCACGUAUCACAGGUGGUACCGAUGCAGCUCGCGGCCAGUGGCCCUGGCAGGUCAGCAUCAACCACCACGGCACCCAUGUGUGUGGCGGCUCUCUUGUGUCCGAGCAGUGGGUGCUGUCGGCUGCUCACUGCUUCCCAAGGGACAACAAGAUAGAAGAAUACGAGGUCAAGCUGGGCGCCCACCAGCUGGACUACUAUAGCACUGACAUCCAGGUCCGCGGGGUGGCCCAGGUCAUUUCCCACGAGACCUAUUCCCACGAGGGCUCCAUGGGGGACAUUGCACUCCUCCAGCUCAGCAGCUCCGUUACCUUCUCCCGCUACAUCCGGCCCAUCUGUCUCCCCGCAGCCAACACCUCCUUCCCCAAUGGCCUGCAGUGCAUUGUCACUGGCUGGGGCCAUGUGGCCCCCUCAGUGAGCCUCCCGAACCCCCGGCCACUGCAGCAACUUGAGGUACCGCUGAUCAGUCGUGAGACCUGUAACUGCCUGUACAAUAUCAAUGCCAAGCCCGGGGAGCCCCACCUAAUCAACCAGGACAUGCUGUGUGCUGGCUACGUGAAUGGGAGCAAGGAUGCCUGCCAGGGUGACUCUGGAGGCCCACUUUCCUGCCCAGUGGCAGGCCGCUGGUACCUGGCAGGCAUCGUAAGCUGGGGUGAUGCCUGUGGGGCCCCUAACAGGCCCGGUGUUUAUACCCUGACCUCCGUUUAUGCCUCCUGGAUUCACUACAAAGUGGCAAAUCUCCAGCCUCAGGUGGUGCCCCAGAUGAAGGAGUCCCAGCCCGAUGGCCACCUCUGCAGCCACUACACGGGUUUCAACUCUGCCCCAGCCCAGGGCUUGGUGGGACCCAUCCUUCUGCUGCCACUUGGCCUGACCCUGGGCCUCCUCCGCCCACUGCGUGAGGACUGA